GGACUGGUUGACGGCUGUGAACUUCGUCCGCUUAAACAAAAGGAGGCCGAUGAAUUGGCCCAGCAGCCUACUGGUUGGCUUCCGUCCAUCAAUUACACCCUGCCACCGAUGACUCCGUCAACGGGUAUGAGCUCAGUUUCCCCUACGGAAGUAUUCAUCCUGGUUGAUGUUUCGCGAACUCGGGUCAACCGGUUGUAUAUUCGCAAGGCUGCUAAUUUUAAUGUUAUAAAGUAA